CUGGUGGUGUUGGUAAAAGCGCUUUGACAAUUCAGCUUAUCCAGAACCAAAUACGACCCUACAAUUGGUUAAUCCUCUCUUUUCUCACAUCAAAAUUUAUAGAAGAUUCAUACAGGAAGCAAGUGGUUAUCGAUGGGGAAGUAUGUAUGCUAGACAUACUAGAUACUGCAGGACAGGAAGAAUAUAGUGCAAUGAGAGACCAGUAUAUGAGGACGGGAGAAGGAUUUCUUUGUGUUUUUGCUGUUAACAACGUUAAAAGCUUUGAAGAUAUAAGUCAAUAUCGGGAACAAAUAAAGCGGGUUAAAGAUGCCAAUGAAGUUCCUAUGGUAGAUUUAGCCCAUAGAAGCGUUCCCACAGUAAACGCUAAGAUGUUUGCAGAUGAAUUUAAAAUUCCGUAUGUUGAAACCUCCGCAAAAACAAGGCAAGGUGUCGAUGAUGCAUUCUACACACUUGUUAGAGAAAUAAGAAAUUACGUGAGUUUUUAUAGCCGAUUAAAAAUUCGUUUUUUAUUUUCUAUUGCGUAUCAUGUAUUGACAGCGUAUAUCAUUAUGUCUUAUACAACAUGA